AUGGAAGCUUAUGGGGGGGCUGGUGCACAAAAGAGUGAGGCCCUAAAGGAGGCAUUUCCAGCUGUUUUCCGUGUGGCUCGCAACCAGGAAGUAUCCAUUGAGGACCUCAUGAUUAUAUCAGGGGAUCAUGUGCAGUGGAACGUGACAUUUAGUAGAGCGGCACAAGAUUGGGAAGUAGACAUUUUUGAAGCCUUUUUCAGCCUUAUAUAUUCUGUGAAGCCGAAUAGACAGCAAGCUGACAGCUUAUGGUGGAACCCGACGGGUAAGGGCAUCUUCUCUGUUAGAUCCUUCUAUAAGUCUCUUUCCCACACCACAACCAUUCAGUUCCCAUGGAAGAGACUUUGGAGAAAUAAGGUGCCUCCGAAAGCGGUUUUCUUUACAUGGACAGCAGCAUGGGGGAAGAUUCUGACCAUUGACAACCUGAGGAAGCGACGGUUAGUUAUACUAGACUGGUGUUGCUUGUGUAAGAGAUCAGGUGAGACAGUGGAUCAUCUAUUGUUACAUUGCGAGACAACGAGAGCCUUGUGGGUGGAAGUUUUCAGUCGAGUAGAGUUACCCUUCGUGAUGCCAGAAACUGUGGUUGAUCUGUUGGCCAGUUGGGCACUCCCGAGAGGCGUUCAACAAAUUAAGGAGGUGUGGAAAAUGAUCCCGAUCUGUAUCAUAUGGUGUAUUUGGCAAGAGUGCAAUGAUCGGACUUUUGAAAACAAGGAGCGGUCGCCGGGGGAACUUGGAGCUUUACUUUUCCGUACUUUAAUGUUAUGGGCCAUUGCUAUAGAUUUUAAUGGCUUGAAUGUACAUGACUUCUUAGCUUCCCUUUCGUUGACCUAG